GAGGCGUUGACUGUACUCUCGCCUUCAGUGCUCCAGGGACCAGUGGCCACCAAAACAAAUAUGGCGCCGUUCGUGUUCUAAAAAUGCGGUGAAAGACUGCGCACAGGCUCUUAGCAACGUUAAGCAGAACGUUUCCGCUUCGCCGGAGUGGCUAACCGAUGGCAGAUGACAUAAUACACCUUGUUCCGAGGGCUGAAGACGCUGACGAGGAGGAAGACUCGGCGUCUGCCUCUGCGAUGGACGUCUCCUAUGACACCUCGCUGCCAGCGCAGCACACUUACCUCGGUAACGACAUGGAGGAUCUCACGGGCAGGACGGUUUUCGAAGAAGACAGCCUGCAAACGAUACCUGUACUGACAUCCCAUGACGUCAUAUUGGUGCCAGGUCAGAUCUUGCCUCUCCAGAUAUUUCGACCCUUGGAGAUAUCCAUGAUGCACAGAAUUAUAGAAAACGAUCGGACUUUUGGCAUCGUUGGCGAAAGCGCGAGUAGCACUUCUCCGCAGCCGCUAGGCACUACUGCUGAAAUACGGUCCUACAAAGAAGAGGUUGACGAGUUGUCCGGCGUAUCAACACUUGUGGUCAAAGCGGAAGGUCGACAGAGGUUUCGCAUCAUCAGCUCCCGCACAAGAAGCGACGGCAUUCUCAUGGCUAGCAUUAAAAUACUUCCUGACAAGCCCACCGCCGACGUCGGUGAAGCCGCUCGACUUCCAAGCCUGUCAAGGUUUAAGGGACGCUCCACGUCUCGGUACACUCCGAGCGAGCGACACAAAGACCCUUACGGCUUCUCCCACGUGACAGCUUGGCCCUCCUGGGUGUAUCGACAGUACGACGCGAACCUCCUGGUUUCGAAAAUAGAGGCUGAGUUGCGCGAGUGGACUGAAAAUUUUGCCACCCUGAGCCUACCCCGCGACCCGUGUCGCUUUUCCUACUGGGUCGCGAGCAGUCUUCUCCUGGACGACAAGCUGCGCCUGGAGAUGUUAUCUUACGACAACCCUGUACAGCGACUGCGAUGUGAACUGGCCAUUCUUCGUGACUGUCGCGUGCUGACGUGUAAGGAGUGCAACCAGAAGAUGGCCGACAGGAGCGAUGUGUUCAGCAUGUCUCAGAGCGGACCACAGGGCGCAUACGUUAAUCCCCAUGGAUAUGUACACGAGAUGAUAACUGUGCGCAAAGCCACUGGCGUAUACUUGAAUGGUCGACCGAGCACACUGUACAGCUGGUUCCCAGGUUAUGCAUGGACGAUCCUGCAAUGCAGUGGUUGCCACUGCCAUGUUGGAUGGAAGUUCACUGCUUCCAACAAGGCUCUUUUACCAAAGAAAUUUUGGGGUUUAUGCAGAGCUGCAAUAAGGCCGGCAUUGCAGACUGAAAGGCGUUCAUCUUAAGAAAUGUGUGGUUGCUUUCUUGGAAGCUUGACACGAAAGCCUAGUCACAUGCUUAAGUCCUCCAUUAGAACCUUGUAGGUCACCUUCCCCGUGAAGAAGCAAGGUCUGGACAACCGAAUACUUAUCCAAGGAAACAUGCAGAAAAGCAGUUGAGCCUGACUUGCCUUGUCUGCGUACGCGCCAUCGUCCAGUCAGGCCUCCACGUCAUGUUUGCAUACCGCCUGAUUGAAGUGAUUUGACAUUUGUAGGGCUUUAAGGUGCUGUGAUGUACUCUGACACAAAAGCUCAUUGCUUGCAGGCCAAGGCAACCAGUACUGCUGCAUGUGAUAAGGGCUAUAAUUUAAAUGCCCAGAUUGCCAGUUUAUUUGGCUUAGUCAAUGUGCAGCUAAGCUCGAAUAUACUCGCUACUGAACAAAAUACCACCUUUCUAUGGUAUGUAUUCAAACUCUGCCCCAUGUGAUCACUGUGCUAAAAGAAAUGAACCAAAUAAAAAGAUGAAGUUUUUUUUUUUUUUGCUA